GGCCUGGCUUAGGAGACCAAGAGCAAAUACAACCUCGUGGUGACGGUGGAGAACGCCGUCCCCUUCACCGUGACCCUGCCACUCUCCACUGCCAGCGUCCUGGUGGUGGUCAGGGAUGUGAACGAAGCCCCCGUCUUCGUGCCGCCGGUCAAGAGGGUGGAGGUGAUGGAGGACCUGCCGCUGGGGCAUGAGGUGACCUCCUACACGGCCCAGGAUCCAGACAAGGAUCAGAGGCAGAAAAUCACGUACCGCAUGGGCAGUGACCCCGCGGGGUGGCUGGCCAUUGACCCUGAGAACGGCACGGCAGCCGAGGCGCUGGACCGGGAGUCGGUGCACGCCAUCAACAGCACCUACAAAGCCAUCGUCCUGGCUGUGGACAGCGGCUCCUGGGGCAGGGGCUGGGGCUGGGACCCCCUCCCCGGGCGCCUCGCUAACCCCUGGCCCCGCAGGCUCCCCGGGAGGGAUGCCACUGGCACGGGGACGCUGCUCCUCCUCCUCCAGGACGUGAACGACAAUGGGCCGAUGCCAGAGCCCCGCAUCUUCGACAUCUGCAACCGGCAGC